CCCACCUAACAACCUGGAUCCGGAGGUAACGCAGCUACCGCUAAAAGUGUCCCAUGUCAGAACUGCGCUGCUACGACUGCGUAACACCAAAACAGAGAAAUGGCGACCGCAAUGAAGCUACCCCGGUGUGGUGUGUGUGGCAUCUCUUUCACAUAUGGCGGCCCAGACCCCCACCUCCUGCCCUGUCUCCAUUCAGUGUGCCAGGAAUGUCUAAAUCUUGGCACCUCUGAUACUCUGACCUGUGACAUCUGUCAGGAAACAUUCGACAAAGAACAAACUGAUUUUCCUACCGAUGUCGUUGCCAUCAAAGAUAUCUUUCUCCAAACUGCUGAAUAUGAUGGUUCAGCUGUGCUGUGUACCAACAAGGGUGACGGUAACCAAGCCAUGUCUUGGUGUGGUGAAUGUGAAGCCCUCUUGUGUGAGCACUGCCAAGCAGGUCAUGAGGACAUGAAGAUAACUCGAUCUCACAAAGUCGUCCCACUGGAAAACCUGAAGUCAUCAGAUGGAGUGCCGAUUCCUAAGACUGCCUACUGCACUGAACACGUUGAUCACCCUCUGCAGUUGUAUGAUGAGACGUGUGAACAGCGAAUAUGUUUCAAAUGUAGGGAGAACCAUGGCGUCUGCAAGGUGAAUGACAUAACCGAAGCAUAUCAACAUCUGAAGGAGACUGUAUUGGAUGAAGAAAAGAAAGGCCUCGCAAAGAAGAUUGAGACCAUCAGCGCCAUCAGGGAACAGAUACAUACAGUUGUCAAAUUGUCAGAGACGAAAGAAGAGGAAGGGAAAGAUUUCUUGAAACAUACAUUUUCCGAUCUGAGAAAUACGUUAAACCAGCGAGAAGAAGAGCUAUUGCUUGAACUGGGUCAAAGUUUCAAAGCUGUAUAUGAUGUGAAUAACUCCCGGCUUUACGAGUUGGGAAAGAAGGAAGCCAAAUGUGACACAGCCCUUGGCUACUGUCAGAAAUUCGCUGAUAUGUCCAGUGUUGAUGCAAUCCUAAAUGCCAAAAAGACAGUUCUUUCCAGAACCAGUGGAUGCAUUGCUGCCAAGGUUUCCCAAGUGAGUGAAAGAGAAUCUUCAAUAACUCUGUCAAGAAAGGAUCUUACUGAUUUGAAGCAAUCGAUUUCUUCUUUUGGCGAGUACUACGUACCCAUGGAUCCUCAGGCAGAAAGCCAGCAUCACCCAGAGGGAUCUACUAUCAAUGCUAUGAAAGGGAAUAUAAAGAGACUUGAAGCAGAUAACGUGUCACUCCUUGAGGCUUUAAAGAGUCGCGGUCAACAGAUCAAAGAGCUGACGUCAACAAUGGAAUCUCUAGUGCGCGUGUCCGAUGUUGCUGUCCACUUCCUUCGCAUGCCAGACGUCUCCUUCCCUGUGCCACUUCUUUGUACACCACUGAAGUAUGACAAAGACAAAGUCAAUCUCGACAAAGUCCACAUCAACACAGAAGGAGACCUUGUCGACAGGAAGUCGUUCACCAGAGUUGCAGGGAAGGGGAGACUGAAGAAGUACUGGGGCACAUGCAGUACUGCCCCCCUCUCCCAGGAUGGCUGUCCCCAGUACUGGGAGGUGGAGAACAGGGUCAGUCUGGACAAACUACUCUCAGAGAACCUGCUCAUCCUGGAGGUUGGAGUAUGUAGGGUGGAGCAGAGGGACGUGAGUCAUUCUAUAGGUGGACGUCCUCACUCCUACUGUAUGAUCGUCUCCUGCUGUCCUAUACACGGCGGGAUAUGCAGGAAGAUAGGGAAGGAGGGGAAGCGUGUGCUGUGUCUGCCUGACACUCUCCCCAACACAGCACCACACACACUACAUUACGGUGUUGUCUAUGAUGACGCCAGGAAGAAGAUUGUCUUCAUUGACGUGAAGGAGAAGAAAGUCAUGUCGACGUUAGACAAUGUAGACUGUAGUGAACCACUGUGGCCGAUGUUCGGGGUGUAUAACUCAGGUGAUGUCACAGUCAGCAUGAAACUUGUAGUUGGCAGCGACAUCAGCAUGACGGAGGAGAAAAAAGCGAUGAUUGUCAAGGCGCUGUCGUGAUGUCGUGACGUUAGAAAAAUGUUCAUGAUAAUGAUCAAUAAACAUAGAGCUGUAGAUAGUGAAUACGCACUGCCGGGCCGGACUUCUCAAAAAGGUGGCUCUUGACUGAGUGGGCCGGACUUCUCAGAAAGGUGGCUCUUGACUGAGUGGCCUGCUCGAGCGGCCGGCCGGUUUACUUUGAAAAAGCACAAGACCUUUACAUGGAAGAAGGUAUAAACAGGCGGGAUAAAUUAUAUGAGAGUAUAUAUACAAUGACAUAAUAAAUUCUACUGACCCCAAAGAACAAAUGUCACUGGUAACUGAAAUAGUCAAAAUGAAGCAUCUGCUAUUUCCAUGAUACCGACAAUCAAUCUGACGGUGGCAGGCACCAUUUCACUGCACAAGAAUGAAUUGACUGAGCCGUUCGUAAAAUCACUUAGAUGAACGCGUUUGGCAGGUAGAUUUUGUGAACAUUGUUUAAAUGCUUUGAUUAACUUCACACAUAAGAUUCGAGGACGGAAAUUGGGUAUCAUGUGUACAUAUUUGUGUUAUCACAGCUCGCAAGGAUGUACUUGUAAGUAACUUAAAAAAUAAGUUCAUAAUUUGAUAAAAAUACAUGGAAAAUG